AUGGGUUUUUUUGCGGACCAGCACCUUUAUGCCGGGUCACUGAAACCGACAUCUACAACUGACAUACCACAUAGUUGCACAAUUAACUUCUCGAAACUUGAGGGUCAGUAUGUUGCAGGAGCACGUCCACAUGUGCAGCCGUUUGAUGGUAUGGUCGAUUCGGAUCCAACUUUCGAGCAAAUGUGCCGAGUUGUUUGUGUACAAGGCAAAAGACCGUUACUGGAAGAUGAGUGGAAGAGAGAUGUAAUUAUCAAUAUCCCUUGCCUGAAAGAUAUCUGCGAUUUGAUAAGUGAAUGUUGGAGUACCAAUAUUGACUGUCGACAUACGGCGCUACGCAUGAAGAGGAAAAUAAGAGAUACGCUUUUGAAAUAUCAGAUGAACAUUUAUCAGAAUUCGGACCUUUUCAAGCGUGAUACUCGAUUGCCUAACGCCAAGGGGAUCAGUAGCGUGUGA